AUGAUCUCAGAGGUCUUUUCCAACCCAGCGAUUCUGCUUAUAUUUGGCACUCUUUACCCUGCAUAUUAUUCUUACAAAGCCGUGAAAUCGAAGGACAUCAAAGAAUAUGUCAAAUGGAUGAUGUACUGGAUCAUAUUUGCGCUCUUCACGACAGCAGAGACAUUCACGGAUAUCUUUCUAUGCUGGUUUCCAUUCUACUAUGAACUCAAAAUAGCUUUUGUAGCUUGGCUGCUGUCUCCAUACACAAAAGGCUCCAGCCUCCUGUACAGGAAAUUUGUUCAUCCAACGCUGUCUUCAAAAGAAAAGGAGAUUGAUGACUGCCUCGUCCAGGCAAAAGACCGGAGCUACGAUGCCCUUGUGCACUUUGGGAAGCGGGGGCUCAACGUCGCAGCCACGGCAGCCGUCAUGGCAGCUUCAAAGGUCUCUCAGCUGCUUCAUUUACAUUUGUAUUGGGACCAGAAAAAAGGGCAGGGACAGGGGGCCCUGUCUGAGAGACUAAGGAGCUUUAGCAUGCAGGAUCUCUCGACGAUUCGUGGAGACAGCAGCAGCACUGUUCCUCCUUCAGUCACUGUACGAACAAGUAGCAAACAGAGCCAGCCAAAAACAUCCAGAAGUGUAUCGGAAGGCACUGGCAGCUCAGGCACCGCCUAGGACCCUUAGACCUCGCAUCAGGAAGAAAAGUACCUCGUCCUCUGCCACUGAAACAAUGUGAGUGCAAUGAGCCAAUAGCACCAAGAUCCACAGAAUGUCUCUCUUCUGCCUUAAAGAGCUACUGGGUAAUAACGUAGGAAACAGCGGUGGGAUGGAUGUGCUUUGAUGUACAGCAGCGUAGACAUGGCCUUUCUCUCUCCUCUCUCUGUAUCCCUCUGUCACACGCUUCACGUGUGUCCGUGACGUGGGUAGGAGGGUCUGGCAGACCCCUGCAGGUGAAGCGUCCUUGUUUCGUUUGCAGUGUGCGCCCACACACACAAAUCCCGUAAGGCUGUACAAGUACAGUUCCCCUUCGUGUCUGCAUAGCUCUAGCUCUGCGAAUGCACAGCGGAAACAAAAAUAGUCGGUUGCUCAUGAUGAUACAUCGACAGUGUGUUUACUUAUGGCUUUAUCAUUAAUGAAGUGGAUUUGCAGAAGCCAUGGAUUUCUCUUUCCUCCCUUCCUCCUCAAGACUCUGAAUGAUGUAACAAAUGUCAAAGUACUUUGUACAAAAUGUCCAAGAUUUAUAGCGAAAGCUGAGCUGCAACUCCGUUUCUCUUUCUGCAAGUCAGUCGUGUGUUCUGAGAAAAUCAUUGUGCUAAGAACCAUAGGGACAGAACCACUUACAGAGGACGAGGAAGAGACAUGCGAGAGAAAAUAAAUGGUUUCAACCAUGUAAUGAAGGGGGAGUCUUAAUUUUCAUCAGCCUGAGCCAGGAGAGUAUUGUGUGGAAAAUGAUG